AUGUUGCGGCGGGCGGCGCGGCCGGUCCUGAGCGCGGUGCUGGGCCGCGGCCUGCCCGGAGGAGGAGGAGGCCACCUCCUCCGCCAGGCAGUCCGGAAUUUCGCAGCCAAGAAACAAGUACUUCCCAGUCAAGUGGACGAUCUUCCUUCCUCCAUGCUGCGGCAGGAUUUCCGCAACGUCCCAGGAAUCGACAAGGUCGAUGACCUCGUGAAGAGAGUGUUGUCUUUGGAGAUGGCCCCCAUGAAGGAGAAGCUCAAGAUAAAGAAAGAGCAGAUGGUAAGCAAGGUCUCAGCCAAUCCAGAAGACACGAGUUCCCUCGAAGCCCGAGUUGCUGCCUUGACCGUCAAAAUCCGCAGCUAUGAAGAACACAUGCAGAAGCACCACAAGGAUAAAGCUCACAAGCGCUACCUGUUGAUGUCUAUCGACCAGCGAAAGAAAAUGCUCAAAAACCUGCGACAGACCAACUACGAGGCCUUUGAGAAGACGUGCAAGGAACUGGGGAUUGAGUACACCUUUCCUCCCCUAUAUUACCGGACCGCCACACGUCGCUGGGUGGCCAAGAAGGCUUUGUGCCUCAGGGUUUACCAAGAAACACAGAAGUUGAAGAAACUGAAAAAGCAAGAAGCGACGUUAAAAGCUGCCAAGUCUGAAGUGUCAGAAACCCCAGUUUAACAUGGCCCCGAUACUUUCCUAAACCGAUCUGUGUUCAACGUUGAAUUCAUAUGAAGAGCUGCCUCUUUUUGCAGAAAUUGAAUAAAUUGUUUUAAAACCCCUACACCUUGUGUCAGGGGAAGGGCACUGCCCCAGGAGAAGUGUGAAGAACGGAAGAAAGAAAUCUCUGGCCAGUUUUUUCUCAGCGGCCAGUGUGGGGUGGUUUCCAUUCGCAUGAGGUGGUUUCCAAUUGCAUAAUGUCGCACCAUAAUCUGAAUGAUGUGGUGCUCUUUUUAUGUUUAUUAAGUUUCCAAGAGAGUACAGUGCUCUGUAUACUGUGAACCCUUUGGGCCUCUGCAAAACAAGUUUGUACAUCCAUUAAAAAACAUUAUCAUAGAGUU